ACGCACACACAAACUCAUUUGCUUUCUGCCAAAAAGAACUCCCAAACUCUUCCGUUUUCCAUACAGUACACAGUUGCACACACAGUCAUCUUUUUUUUAAAAAAAAAAAAAAAAAUUAAAUGUGUGUAUGUGAAUAGCAACAAAAUAUAUAUCAAUGAUAUCAUCUUUUACGUUUAUUUAGCCAAACAUACAGUCCAAACUCUUGGAAAACUCACCCUCUUCUUUUACCCACUUCUUUCCUUUUCCCCUCUACUAAUCAAACAAAAAAUCAAGAACACCCCAUUUACCCUUGUUACUACCAUUUUUGCCACUACGUUUACAUACAAACAAGAACAAUAACCACAUGCAAUAUUCAUGAGUUUGGUCUGCGGAGACCAUUAUUCAGCUACUACUAAGGUGGUGGAGCAAGAGCUAAAUCAUAAUAAUAAUAAUAAUGGGUUGUUGUAUAUCUCAACUAGCAGCAAAAUUUGCAUUUUUUCCUCCAUCACCAGCUACAUAUCAAGUCAAGAAAAGGGAUGAUGGAAAGCUUGUUGCUGUUUCAACUACAUCAAAUUUGCCUAUUUUUGGUGCUUCAGAUGACCCUAAUCUUGAUGUGUUGUUGGUUGAUACUAAAAGAGGAAACAAGAUUGUAGCUUUUUACUUGAAAAAUCCAUAUGCUAAGCUUACUGUGCUUUAUUCUCAUGGCAAUGCUGCUGAUCUGGGCCAGCUCUAUGACUUGUUUGUUCAGCUUAAGGCUAAUCUUAGAGUCAACCUUAUGGGAUAUGACUAUUCUGGCUAUGGAGCAUCUACAGGAAAGCCGAGUGAAUUUGAUACAUACGCGGACAUAGAAGCGGUGUAUGAGUGCCUUCAAACAGAGUAUGGAAUUAGCCAGGAAGAUUUGAUUCUUUAUGGGCAAUCUGUUGGAAGUGGCCCAACAUUACACUUAGCAGCUAAAUUACCACGGUUGAGAGGUGUGGUUCUGCACAGUGGCAUUCUCUCUGGUCUUCGUGUGCUUUGCCAUGCAAACUUCUCUUUUUGCUUUGAUAUUUACAAGAAUUUAAACAAGAUUCAGAAGGUGAAAAGCCCUGUGCUCGUUAUACAUGGCACAGAUGAUGAUGUGGUUAAUUGGCUACACGGUAAUGGACUUUGGAAAAUGUCGAGGGAUCCAUAUGAGCCGUUAUGGAUCAAAGGAGGAGGCCACUGCAACUUGGAACUUUACCCGGAUUACAUCCGCCACCUUUGCAGGUUUAUCCAAGAAAUGGAAUGCAUGACCACUGAAAUCAGGCUUAAAAAGAUUAGACAAACUCUACGUCUCCCAAAGCGAUCAGAUACCACAAUUUCUACCAACUGCUGUUGUCAAGUUAAAUGCAGACUACCUAACUGUCUAAAUUGCUCAAAAUUGAGCUGCACGAAAUGUUGCUCUUGGAAACCCAAAUGCUCGGGAUGUUGGCCGAAAUGCCCUAAAUGGAAACCCAAAUGUGUAUGUUGGGAACCUUGCUGCCUCGGAUGUUCAUGCAUGUUGCCAAAAUGUUCAUGCGCGCGCCCAGAAUGUUCAUGCGCAUGCCCAAAAUGUUCAUGUACGUGCCCAAAAUGCUCGUGCAUGUGUCCAAAAUGCUGUUGUUGGAGCGUAAAAUGUUCGUGUUGGUGAUUGUUAGUGGUGGGUAUACGUAAUUGGUUCAGGUGAAAGGUGAUAGUUUUGUAUAGUUUGCACAAGUUGUUGUCUCCAAGAUGUGCAGUAGUCUAGACAGUUGGAAGAAGUAGUAUUUAUUUAGAAAUUUAAACCUAUAGAGUUUAUAUUCUUAUCAUUUCCUAGACACUGUUAAAUUAUUGUAUCUUCUAUUUUAGUCCUACUCAUUCAAUUUAGAUCCUAGUUCUUCCUCUUUGAUUGCUGAAUUCA